AUGACAAAUCCACAUCAACAGAUUCCUUCUGCCUCGUCUGAGAUGCCACCACCACUCUUCAAUGAAUCAUUCGAAUCAAACGAUGUCAGCAUAACAUGGCAACCGGCAACCGGCAACCAGAAAAAUUACUCACCCAAAAAACUAUUUAGAAUGUUUCUAUCAGAUACACAACCCAAACUCUUAGAUUUGAGCAAAAAUUCAGAAACCAAGAAGCCUAACGAAGUCAAAAUUAAAGCCAAAAUUAAAGCUAGCAAUGUCACAAAAUCUACCAAGAUUCACAACCUCAACAAUAAUCAUGUGAGUCUCCACAACAGUCAUCCGAACCACGAAUCAUCGUCCUCGCAAGAAUCAUUAUCCGAUGAAAUCUCACUCCAAGUCAUCAUCAGGAAUCACACUUAG